AUGUCGAUUUCGGGGGCUGAUCUCCAGCUUCUCAACAAUAUCUGUGAGAACGGGACGUAUUUAGAGGAUAAUGACGAUGUCCAGCAGCAAGCAGGCGACAUUUUACGCGACGUCUCCAACUGGAGUGAGAUUGAGCCGGAAGUCCAAGAAAAGCUUUUUAUUGCCUGUCGCCAGUAUCUGGAAAUAAGCAUAGAAAAGCAAGAGAUACUUUACGAUGAGCUCGACGAGAAGGAUAAGAUGAUUAGAGACGUUCAACAAGAAAGCAAGAUCUCAGUGGAUUAUGGGAUGAAUCAAGGCGCCCAUAUGAUUAAACAGCUUGAGGAGCAAUUAGACCAGGAGCGUCAAGAUCACGAGCGCGAGAAGACCGAGCUCAUCGCUAAAAUUGAGAAUGAUCAACGAGAAUUUGAAAGCCAGCUUCGUGAUAGAGAUAGAUCUUACGAUAGCCUCUGCAAGGAAAUUGAGACGCUUCGAAUGAACCAGCUCAAAGUUGGAAACGACGCAGCAAAUAAAGACGAUUUAUCUCGCAAACUCAAUGAGAAGAGAGAGCUUCUUUCGGAACAAAUUGAUGCGAAUCAGAAACUCGAAGAAGUCAUUAGACAAUUGGAGGAGCAGAAUAAAACGUUGCGCGAUGAUAUGGAAGAGGCGACGAAGCAAAUGAUUGCGAUGGACGCUAAAUACACGAAAAUGGAGGAGCGCUACGAAUCCGACGAUGUCGAGCAUGAAUCUUUGUCAAAUGAAAGAGACAAGCUCAAAUCAGAAGUCGAAAAUCUCCAACAGGCACUUGGCGAACGAGAACAAGAGACAGAGCAGAUCAGAGUUGAGGUCGUGCAGAGAACUAAUCAACUUGUCGCAGCGGCCCAUGAAAAAGAUCUCGAAAUUGCCCGGCAAUCAAAGCAAAUUGAUGAAUUAGACCGUCAACUUCGCAAUGCUGAACUCGCCCCAGAAAAGAGGCGUCUUCACGAGCAAGAGGAAGAACUCAAACAACGCGCUCUGAAGAUCAGCAUCUUAGAGGAAAAGCUCAAUCAAUCACUCAAUGAUGUGAUUGAACUGAAUGAGGUAAUUGCCAAAUUCAAUCAACAGCAGACCCCCUCGGCUGAGCUCCAUCAUCUUACAAGGAGAUACGAGUCGGUUGUGAAAGAGUAUGAAGCUCUGAAAGGCGAUCACGCGGACCUUGAGCAACGCGUCCAAGAACAAGAGCUACACCUUCGCGAUGUCGAGGAUAAACUUUCCAAAGAGGUUCAUAUUCGAACCAAUCUUGAAGCCGGCGUCACUGGACUUCCGGAAGCGCGAGCAGAGAAUAGAAAGCUAGAACAGACGUUGACGAAAAGGACCAAAGAGCGUGACAGAUUAACGAUGGGCAUCGGGGAAAUCGACGAUAAACUCACAGAGAUGAUUGAUGAGAACGACAUCUUGCGAGCCCAACUUGAACGUGAGCAACGCGACCUUACUGAUAUUUCUAGGCUUAGAGAGCAGUUGAAUAUUAGAAACAAGACGAUGCGCUCAGAGAAUGAAACGCUCCGUGCGAAGGUUGAAGUUCUCGAAGAAGAACGAAUCGAGCUCAAGGUGCGCGCUCGGCGGGCAAUGAUGAAUUCGCUUCCUGAGAACGUCUCCACGGCGUCACUGACGCAGGCCCAGCUCGACCAAGUAACAGAUCUGAUUGACAUCUUGCGCAGUGGUCAGCAGCCCGUCCCAGUAAAAUCCAGCGAGGAGAGUAAUCUUCAGAAUAAAGCCAUCGAGGAUCUGACGUAUGGUGUACAAAGCGAAUUAAAAGCUCUCAGGGGAGAAAUACAGUCAUUUACUGAUGCGCGCGUUUUAACCUCGUCAGCUCAAUUACCGGUACAACUCGAGGAGAACGGAUCUAUUUCAGUUGACGGAGCCCAAUUUACGGAUCUAAACGCGCGGCUUAUGCUCUUACAAAACGAACUUGACUCUGAAAGAAGAAAGUAUAAGGAGCUAGAGGCCACGGUCAAAUCAGGAGCCGUGCCAGAAGCUACUGAGCCGCGCGAUCUAUUAACCCAGUCAGCAGUGGAGGCCGAGAGACGUGAAAACGUCGCACUUCAAAGUACGAUCUCCGAUUUGCUAGAAAAGAUAAAGUCUCUUGAAGAUACUGAAGCAGAGCUGCAAAGAGAACUCGAGGAGAAAUCAUUAAAGUGGUCGAGAACAGAAGAAGAAUAUGAAACACAGUGUUCGGCACUGCGCGCAAACGUCGAUAAUUUAACCACUGAGCUGCAGCAAUGCUCCGUGAACUUGGAAGAAUUUACACGGUUGAAGAAUUCGCUCGAGGGUUCAGCCGAUCAGAAGGAAAGCCAGAUUGCGGACUGCAUCGCUAACUUGACAAAUGUGAGGAUAGAGUUAGUUCGCCAGAAGAGGGCAGUGCGCUUGGCUGAGCACGAGGUCUCAUCCUUCAAGCGGAAACUCGAGCGAAGCGAAGACAUUCUCGCAGCUCUGCGGAAGAAAAACCUGAAACGCAUUGAAUCAGUGGGAAAUUUCCGAAACGAAUACAAGCUGCAAAUUUCCCGCUUGCGACAAGAACUAAGCAGCUCUGUGCCUCGAUAUCAAUACGAAAAGAUUCAACUUGAACUCGAGAAAAAAUGCAUCCAUAUUCGAAAGAGCGCCGAGAUGGCGACUAAUGAGGUCGUCGCAGAAAUUGAACUCUCCCAUAUGCAAGAUAAAUUCCUCAAACUACAGAUCGAGAAAGACCACGUUUUCAAGGAGCUUACGAUCGCGAAAGAGAAGUUGGCACUUUUGUCUCACCUGGAAAAUGACGAAAACACGCCGCCAGUCGAAACAAUCAGGUCAAAAUACGCUGCCUUAGAGAUCAAGGAGCUGAAUGAAAGGCAGAAAUGCGCGCAUUUAGAGAGAAGAAAUGAAGAGCUUGAACAAGUUAAGUCGACUUUAGUGACGCGCAUCGCUGACUUGGAAAAAUCACUAGAAACGCUGAGUACGAAGGCAAUCGCGCAGGCGGACAAAGAAGGCGAAUUAAGGACCGAACUUUCAAAAUCAAUUCCUAUCGAUGUUGCGGACAAGACAAAGGCUCUCCUUCAAGAAACAGUCGAAGAAAACGUCUCCCUGAACUCAGAAACUGAGAGACUUCGCAACUUACUCGCGCUAGAAGAAUCGCAGACAACGCAGUUACGAAAAGAACUAGGCCAACUGUCAAAAUCGGUCGAGCUACACGAAAAGAGAUUGAAAAAUACGGAACUCUUAGACUCUGAUUCAGAAGCUACAUUCCUCUUACUCAACAAAGAGAUAAACAACUUACAAGCGGAAGUGAUUGAAAGCAAUAAUUUGAAAAAUCAAGAGGCGAAAAAAGCUGACAAACUGGAAGAGCGUGUCCUUACUCUCGAGAAAGAUGUGAACCAGCGUGACAUACUUUUGUCGAUAUUAAUUAGAGAGUCAUUUCAGCGAACGUCCGUCUUGGAAGCGUCAGUGAAUGAGUUCAAGAGCAGUUUUGCUGGGGCGAUCCCUGUCGAGUCCCUGGAGAGAUAUCAGAUGCAAGUGGCGAAAAUCAAAAACCAGAAAAGUGAGCUGGAGCGCCAUCGUGAAGCACUUCUGACAGAGAAAGGAGAUCUCGAAUCUGCUAGAGUAGAGUAUGAAGUCAAAUUGGCCGGAUUGAAUGAGCUUAUGGCGAAGCUGAAAACGACUUCGUCACGCGAAAAGGAGAUUCUGAAUGUCCAGGAGUGGCAUCAAAAAAUCGAAUUUGCAAAGAUGUCCGAGCAGAAGGCUAAGCGCUCGGCAACUGAGGCAAAGACUCUGAAUUCAGCUCUGAGAACACAAAUAGACAGUCACUUGUGCACGAUCGAUGAACUAGAAAAUGACUUAUUAACGCGACAGAAUGUGCAUACUAACUAUGCCGCGAUGGCAAGUCGUCACGAAUCGGUUAUGAUUGAGAUCCGAGAAUUGAUGGAUGACCAUCACAAGCGAAAAGUUGAGGCGCUUAAUUCCACGACUGAGGCCGAAUUGCCGGAUAAUUUGGCGGAGAGGUCGUCGAUUCUUGAGCGAAACGUUUUAGGAAACGAUCUUAACUUGAUUCCAUUCUCACGCUGUAAAAUUUAA